AUGAUGCACAACAACCACCAUGCAACCAACGCUGAUAAUCACAUCACUCCAUUCUACUCAGAGACCAUUCAAAUCUAUCCUCCAAACAUUGAGGAAUCAACAUCGGUCGUAUCAUCAUCAUCAAUAUCACCAACCAACUCUCAAAAGAUCAUUCGAACACCAGCCUCUGGUGCCUACGCAUCUCCUUUGGCCAGUCCAGUGCUCUCAUCACAACAGCAACACUUCCAUCAACAUCAUCCUCACCUGCCAGCCUUGGCAAACUCCACAGACCCCACGGUCAUUUUCUCCAAGCUGAAGCAUGCUUCGGAGGGCAAAGAGCUGGAACCUGGCGUCUACACCUACGCAUUCUCUGCCAAACUACCAAACUUCCUGGCGCCCUCCCUAAACUACUCUGGCUUCUUGUCCAUAUAUUAUAUAGCGCGCUGUAUCAUUCAAUACAGCAAGGGCAAGGAGUGGGAGGAGACGACAACAUCACGCAGUACAGAGUUCUUUAUACAUGGAGUUGGAUCCAGUCAGUUGCAGCAUAUCCUCGACAGACAAUCAAACAGUGUGGUAGUGGCACGUUCGGCCAAGCCCGUCUGGGGCCACAAGGGCUACCCACUGGAGAUGGCAAUCUGGCUACCACACAGAGAUUGCUUCAUUGGUCAACGAACACACUUUUAUGGCAAGAUACACAAUCCUGGCAAAAUACCAAUCGAUCAGCUCCAUGUUGGUCUCUACCAACAAAUAUUCAUCAUGCCUCCAGAUAACUCAAACGCCAAGAAACAACUGGCGUGUACAAAGGUGCUAUCAGCAGUCUUUGACUUAAAGACUAACAGUAGCAGCAGCAGCAACAAUAACAAUCACGCCAAUCACAACAACAACAACAACAACAACAACAACAACAACAAUAAUGAAUCACCUUCUUCAUCAUCCUCUUCUUCCCCAUUAGCUACAUCAUCAUCGUCAUCAUCAUCAUCAUCAUCAUCAUCGUCAUCAUCUCACCAAGAUGAAGACAUUAUCUCUUUCCAAUUUCACACAAUUCUUCCCAAACAUGUUGGCGACGACACUGUAUUCCCAACGACCUAUGGUCGCCUGCUCAAGAUCAAACACUUCUUUGUGCUCUCGGUGGCACAUGCGCGACUGGAUGUUAAAGUGCGCCUCAGACUAUGGGACCCCGCAACAGGCAAUGAAGAGCUCAUUCCCAAGCGCCCCAGUAAGAGGCCAGUGGACUGGCGUGUACAGUGGAUGCCAACAUGGGUGACCGACGAGGACAAGACACACAAAUGUGCACUAUGCUACGACCAAUUCAACUUCUUGGUGCGUCGCCAUCAUUGUCGCCAGUGUGGCAAUGUCUAUUGCGCCAAGUGCGUGUCUCACAAGAUCCCGCUGAGGCACUUUGGUAUCAAGGAGCCGGCCAGAGUGUGUAUCAUGUGCUAUGAGCAGGUCCAGGACCAGCUGGAGAACGAAGCGAUCAACAACCCAAAGGCAAGGUAUCAACCACAUCUUAUCGAUUUGAACAACAACAAGGCCAGGAUGGGCACUGGAAGUGGCUGCAGUUCACUUCAGAGCAGUCAAGAGCUCUCCAACAUAUGA